CCACCGCGUUGUCGUCACACCAUAAAACAUAACUAUUUUGUCUGUACAAUAACAAACAAUAAGAGAACAAGGCGUAAGAAUCUCGCGAGAGUUACACUAAUCUAGGGUUACCAUCUAGACAUCCAACAAUCAGCCGGUAGCUGACGGCUGAGCUUUGGUCUUUUCGGCGUCUCUGCUGGCGUCUCUAGUAUUUAAACGAAUUGUAGACGUGAGAGUGAAAGCCAAGCAGGUGCUGAAAGUGAAACAAGUACGAGUUUACAGACGAAAGAAACGCUGACAUGGCCCCAACGCUGUAUGAUGUGAAGCCGGAGCCUGGGGACUUGAUUGAAGUGUUCCGUGGUACCUAUCAACACUGGGCUCUGUACAUUGGAGAUGGCUUCGUUGUUCACUUGGCACCACCCUCUGAGGUCCCGAAUGCAGGCGCCAACAGUAUGAUGUCUGUCCUAACUGAGAAGGCCGUGGUGAAGAAAGAGGGGCUGUGGGACGUGGUGGGAACCGACAAGUGGGAAGUCAACAACAGUCUGGACAAGAAAUACCAGCCCCGCGAAGUUCACAUCAUUGUUAGGGACGCUCGUAUGCUGGUGGGCCGUGAGCUGUCGUACUGCGUCAUCAGAGGAAACUGUGAGCACUUUGUCAACGAGCUGCGCUACGGCAAGGCCGAGUCCCGGCAGGUGCGUAAGGCAGGAGAAACGGUCAUGGCCGCAGGUUUGGCUGCAAUGGUGGGUAUUGGCAUCGUGGCUCUAGCAGGCACUCUGUUUGGAAGCAGCAAAAAAGAAAAAGAGGACACACAGUGAUCGACAUCCGGGUCACCUGUUCAGAAGCUUGAUUAACUGAUCACCAGCAAAGCCUAACUAAUACAGUACUGAUCAUAAUCAUCUGUGAUUUAUGAGUGAUGUGGUUCACUUUAACUAUGUCUAGACAACUUUAUCCCUCAUGCCGUCUUUAGUUUGAAUGACAAUGCAAUACUGGUUGGUUUGGGAUCAAGGCCCAAUGUUUUUCAGACUUUUUAAAAUUUCUACAGAUAGCACAUGUAAGCACUACCAACAAUAUUUCCACUAAUGAAGGUGCCAAAAUAAAAUAUGUUUGAAUGUUUUAA